AAAAAAACUCAGCGGCAACGAAGAAAAGAGAGAGAGAGAGAAAGAAAACAAUGGCAUCACAAGGAUGUUUCAAUGGAAUUAACAGUAUAAAAAGGGUUCAUCCUCUGUUUCACUCUCUCACAUAUCGUUUCUCUUCUUCUUCUUAUCUUCAAUUGAAAUCAAAACCUCGAGCUCGCAUUCUCUCAUCACAGCUUCAUCUGUCUUCUGGUCUUGGAUAUCGCAGGCAUUGUUCUUCACCUUCUCGACGAUUCCAUUCCUGUUCGUAUAAGAGAAGCGAGGCAGCUUCGCCGUUGAAGAGGAGUUACAGAGAAAAGGAAGAAGAGAUGACGAUUAAACCGGCGGUUCGAAUCUCCGACGGGAAUCUAAUCAUCAAAAACCGUACGAUUCUAACCGGUUUACCGGACAAUGUCAUCACGACGUCAGCAUCAGAGGCCGGGCCGGUCGAAGGAGUCUUCCUCGGAGCUGUAUUCGACACAGAACAGAGUAACCACAUCGUACCGAUCGGUAAGCUUCACGAUUCCCGGUUCAUGUCUUGUUUCCGGUUCAAGCUCUGGUGGAUGGCCCAGAGAAUGGGCCAACUGGGGCGUGAUAUUCCUCUAGAGACGCAGUUCCUAUUAACCGAAUCAAACAGUGGGUCCCACCUGGAGCCUGACGGCGUUGACGGCGACGAAACCAACCAGAAACUCUACACCGUCUUCUUGCCGUUAAUAGAAGGCUCGUUCCGUUCGUGUCUACAAGGAAACGUUAACGACGAGGUGGAGCUCUGUUUGGAGAGCGGCGACUCCGACACUAAAACGUCGUCGUUUACUCACUCUUUAUAUAUUCACGCCGGCACUGAUCCGUUUCAGACGAUAACGGACGCUAUCCACGCCGUUAAGUUGCAUCUCAAGAGUUUCCGUCAACGUCACGAGAAGAAGCUCCCGGGGAUCGUCGACUACUUCGGGUGGUGCACUUGGGACGCGUUUUACCAGGACGUUACUCAAGAAGGCGUCGAAGAAGGGCUUAAGUCUCUCACCGCCGGAGAUACGCCGCCAAAGUUCGUCAUCAUCGACGACGGUUGGCAGUCCGUCGAGAACGACGACAACCCGGUUGAGAACCCGGUUUUCCGGUUAACCGAGAUCGAAGAGAACGCAAAGUUCAAGAACAAGGACGAUCCAAAACAGGGGAUCAAGAACAUAGCCGACAUAGCUAAAAACAAACACGGUCUGAAGUACGUUUACGUGUGGCAUGCGAUAACGGGUUACUGGGGCGGGGUACGACCCGGGGAGGAAUACGGGUCUUCAAUGAAGUAUCCGAUGGUGUCAAAAGGUGUGGUGGAGAACGAACCGACGUGGAAGACUGAUGUUAUGGCGGUUCAAGGGUUGGGUUUGGUUAACCCCAAGAACGUGUAUAGAUUCUACAAUGAGCUUCAUAGUUACUUGGCUGCUGCUGGUGUGGACGGUGUGAAAGUGGACGUGCAGUGUAUAUUGGAGACUUUGGGUGGUGGGUUAGGUGGUCGGGUCGAGUUAACGCGUCAGUAUCAUCAGGCUCUUGAUUCCUCUGUUGCUAAGAACUUCCCUGACAAUGGUUGCAUUGCUUGUAUGAGCCAUAACACAGAUGCUCUCUACUGCUCCAAGCAAGCAGCUGUGAUUAGAGCAUCAGAUGAUUUCUACCCACGUGAUCCGGUGUCUCACACCAUCCACAUUGCCUCGGUUGCAUACAACAGUGUGUUCUUGGGAGAGUUUAUGCUGCCUGACUGGGACAUGUUCCACUCCAUGCACCCUGCUGCAGAGUAUCAUGCCUCCGCUAGGGCCAUUAGUGGUGGACCUAUCUACGUUAGUGAUGCUCCUGGAAAGCACAACUUCGAUCUUUUAAGAAAGCUUGUGUUGCCUGAUGGAUCCAUCCUUCGUGCUAGAUUGCCUGGUAGACCAACUCGUGAUUGUUUGUUCACAGAUCCUGCUCGAGAUGGUGUCAGCUUGUUAAAGAUAUGGAACAUGAACAAGUACACUGGAGUCCUUGGCGUGUAUAACUGCCAAGGAGCUGCUUGGAGUAGCACAAAGAGAAAAAACAUAUUCCACCAGAUGAAAACUGAUUGCAUCACUGGCUCCAUUCGUGGUCGUGAUGUGCAUUUGAUAUCCGAAGCCUCCACCGAUCCAGCGACCUGGAAUGGAGACUGUGCUGUUUACUCUCAGAGCAGAGGCGAACUCAGCGUUAUGCCAUACAACGCCUCUCUCCCGAUCUCAUUGAAGAUCCGUGAGCAUGAGAUCUUCACUGUGAGUCCUAUUAAUCAUCUGGCUACUACGGAUGGUGUCUCGUUUGCUCCGCUUGGCCUUGUGAACAUGUACAACUCGGGAGGAGCUGUCGAGGGACUUAGAUAUGAUGGUGAGAAGAUGAAAGUGGUGAUGGAAGUUAAAGGAUGUGGUAAGUUCGGAGCUUACUCAUCGGUUAAGCCUAGUAGAUGCGUUGUUGAGUCAAGUGAGAUCGCGUUUGAGUAUGACGUCUCAUCUGGUUUGGUCACUUUUGUGUUGGACAAGAUGCCUUCAGAGGCCAAGAGAUUACAUGUGGUCGAAGUUCAGUUAUGAAAAUCUUAGCUUGUGACUUGUAAGAGUGAUUCAAACAAUAUUCAUUACAUUACAUUACAUAUAAACGGUUUGGUUAUUGUUGUAGCUACUUUUGGUGUUGUAUUCAGUCUAGUUAUUCAAGUAAUUUGAUUUUCAAUAAGUUUUAAGAUGA